CUCGUACAAUUAGCCAAACAGGCAAAGGAAAUACAGGCAGAUCUGCACGCCUUGAAGCAGAUUUUGAGCCCUAUGCGUCGUCUCCCUCUCGAGUUGCUGUCGAGGAUAUUCUUCCAUGUUCUCGAAGAUCAUGACAGUGACGAUCAAGCCGUAAUGCACAGUCUCUCCUUGAUCUGUCAGGUCUGCUCCGGAUGGCGAGCACUCGCUUUCGGGACCCCUCGCUUGUGG